GCUUCGGUUUCAGAAGUUCCAUACAGGUCUACAGGCUGUUUCCUGAUCACGUCACAGAUCCCUGAGGAUUAAAGCUCUGAAUCGUGUCGCUUUGAUUCCAGUUUAAGUUUACCUCCGCGGAAAGGAAGUGGUACGGUCCUAUUCGGAUAUUUUAAUGGCUAUUUGACACACAAGAUCAUUUUGUUAUUCAUUGAAAAGAGUUUACUGAACUGUUGAGACAGAACCAUGGCGACAGUAACAUGCAGAAUCCAGUACCUGGAAGAUACGGACCCUUUCGUAUGCACAAACUUUCCCGAACCAAGAAGACCGCCACCACACGAUGUCUACGAAAAUAUUGCAUUAAGUGAGCAGAUUGCUGGCUUUCAUAAUUUGGUGGACGCUCCUUUGAAGCUGGUGGAGUGUGCCCUGCAGCUGGCCCCCAAUGGGAAUUACCUGGACCUGGAGUCAUCCCUGGCAGAGCAGAGGGAUGACCUGGAGCACUUCUACGAAGACAUCAGCAAGGGGAAGAAACCCAUCCUGAUCCUGAGAACCCAGCUGUCUGUCCGUGUGCAUUCCAUCCUUGAAAAGCUGUACAACUCCCAUGGACCAGAGCUCAGAAGAUCCCUAUUUUCUCUGAAGCAGCUUUUUCAGGAUGACAAAGACCUCGUGCCAGAGUUUGUAAAUUCCGAAGGGUUGACGUGCUUCAUCAAAGUGGGCACUGAAGCUGAUCACAACUAUCAGAACUACAUUCUCCGAGCUCUCAGCCAGAUCAUGCUGUUUGUGGACGGGAUGAACGGGGUCAUUAACCACAACGAGACGGUGCAGUGGCUCUACACCCUGUGUGGCAGCAUGUCUCGGCUCGUGGUGAAAACGGCGCUCAAGCUGCUGAUCGUGUUUGUGGAGUACACCGAGACAAACAGCCCACUGCUCAUCCAGGCCAUUAACACCGUCGAUGGCAAGAGGGGGGUGAAGCCUUGGGCCUACCUAACUGAUAUAUUGGAGGAGAGGAAUGGCUCAGACAGUGAGCUGCUGGUGUACACCAUGACCCUCAUCAACAAGACUCUGGCAGCCCUUCCAGACCAGGAUUCCUUCUACGACGUCACUGACUGUCUGGAGCAGCAGGGUAUGGAGCGCAUCAUGCAGAAGCACAUGAGCAGCAAAGGGACCGAACCUGAUCUGAAGCAGCAGUUCACUACAUAUGAGAAUGCCCUGAAACACGAGGAUGGAGAGCUGUAUGAGGCAUCGACUCACGUCCAGAAAGAGCGCCGCAAGGUUUCUUCAAACUCGGAGGAGGGGAGGAGGAGCCGGCGGUCAUCCGGACAGAGCUUCCCUGACGUGUCGUUAGGCACCGUCUCCUCCUCGUCAGAGAGCCCCACUGCAGGCAAGAGGAGCCCGGGCCUCAGCCCCACCACCUCCCCUGAGCUGGGUGAGCCCCGGAGCUCAGAACCAGCUACGCCCACCUCCAGCUGCUCAGACCUUGGAUCGCCCAGGUCCUCUCCCACACUCCCACCGAUGGCCAGCCCAGGUGCUGCCGUCUCUCCCACGGAUCAGGAGCAGAGCCUCUCCACAAGCAUGGGGCGCUCUUUCAUCAGUCAUUAUAUGUCUCCUUCGGGAAUUUCUAGAAGGUCGAGGUUGUUUAAGAAGGCGGGGUCAAUAGCCGAGGAGCCUUCGCCAACCUCCAGCAGCCCGUCUCUCACAGUCUCCGCUCCCCCAGAGAAGCAGUCACAGCCGCUGGGCGAGCCGCAGCAGGAGCAGGAGCAGCAGACUGAGGGCCGGAGUGUCUUCAAACUGCACCAAACCAGCACAGUUUGCGCAGAGGUGUGUAAUGUAAAUAUGGACAAGCCGGUUCUGAGGAAUUAUGAAGACAAAUUCCUGCGUAACCUGGUCGCCACCCAGUGGGGGAAAAAGAACAGGCGCUCCUACCCUGCGAGCGGUGCCCAAGCCCCGGAGGAGGAGCCUAUGUCCCCGGACCCCAAAGAGAGCUCCCCGCCAGAGAGCAGCCCCAGCAGGGACACUGAGGAGCAGCCCUUCUCCCGGGGCACCAGGCUGGCCGGGAAACGGGCACCCCUUAAUCAGAAAGCAGACCACCAAGACCCCAGCCCCUCCCCCGUGCCCUCCCCCAGCACCCUGGAGCCGACGGGAGACAGACAGGCGGCUCAGAAUGAAACAGGUGGAGCGGGCCAGUGUCAGGGCAGCAUGGCGGAGCAGAAGAAGACGCUCUCCAGCAACACGAAGUUCAUGAUGGACAUGCUGUACUCGAACAAGCCCGCGGAGGAGGCGCAGAGCCCCAGGGAGGAGGAGAGCCCCCUGCGGGCGGAGCUGCAGGGCGUGGGGGGCACGGUCCACGCUCGGCUGGCCGAGGAGCGGCCCGGCAGGAGAAUGCGUCCGCAGUACAGCAUCGACGCCGAGACGCACUCCCACAGCCUGGAGACCACCCUGAUGACCCCACUGUCCCGGAGCCAGGGCAGCUGGGACCAGCUGCAGCCCAGCUCCAAGGCCCUCAAGAUCAAAGACCUGGACUUCUCAGACCUGCUGGAGGAGGAGGACAUCGACGUUCUGGACGUGGACACGUUCAGCUCGGGCGUGGUCAACGGGGGCGCCAUACCCCCUCCUCCUCCACCUAUGGCAGGCCUUGGGGGCCCUCCCCCACCUCCUCCUCCUCCUCCUCCCCCAGGAGGUCCUGGACUAGCUCCCCCUCCCCCUCCUCCUCCACCCCCUCCCCCACCGUGCGGAGGUCCCCCACCCCCUCCACCCCCGCCAGGCGUUCCCCCGCCGCCCUCCUCGCAGUCCCCUGACUCGGCGUUGACCAAGAAGAGGAAGACGGUCAAGCUCUUCUGGAGGGAGCUGAAGCAGCCCGACAGCCCCAGGAAAUGCAAGUUUGGCCGCGGCACGGUGUGGGCAAGCCUGGACAAGGUCACCGUGGACACAGCCAAGCUGGAGCACCUGUUCGAGUCCAAGGCCAAAGAGCUUCCUGUUGCCAAGAAAGGACCAGAAGUGAAGAAGACUGAGAUUGUCGUCCUGGAUCCCAAGAGAAGCAACGCGAUUAACAUCGGGAUGACUGUGCUACCUGCACGCCACGUCAUUAAAGCCGCCAUUCUGAGUUUUGAUGAAUUUGCCAUCAGCAAAGAAGGCAUUGAGAAAAUCCUGACGAUGAUCCCCACUGAGGAGGAGAAGCAGAAGAUCCAGGAGGCCCAGCUGGCCAAUCCGGACGUGCCCCUGGGGACGGCGGAGCAGUUCCUCCUGACCCUGUCCUCCAUCGGGGGCCUGGCCGCCAGGCUGCAGCUCUGGGCCUUCAAACUCAACUACGAAAACCUGGAGAAGGAGAUUGCUGAGCCUCUGUUUGAUCUGAAGUUAGGAAUGGAGCAACUUGCCAAGAACAAAACAUUCAAGCGCAUCCUAGCAACACUUUUGGCCAUUGGAAACUUCCUCAACAGCAGUAAUGCGAAGGGCUUUGAGCUCAGCUACUUGGAGAAGGUAACCGAGGUGAAAGAUACAGUGCACAGACAGUCUCUUCUACAUCACACCUGCAACUUUGUGGUGGAAAACUACCCGGACACAUCCGACAUCUACUCCGAGAUCCCCGCCAUCACUCGCUCUGCGAAGGUGGAGUUUGAGCAGCUGUCAGAAAACCUGGUGCAGCUGGAGAGGAAAUGCAAGGCAUCGUGGGAUAACCUGAAGGUGCUGGCCAAACACGAGACAAAGGCGGUUCUGAGGAACAGAAUGACGGAUUUUCUGAAGGACUGCACGGAGAAGAUCAUCAUCCUGAAAGUGGUGCACAGGCGUAUUAUCAACAGGUUCCACUCCUUCCUGCUGUUCCUCGGUCAGCCCUCCUACUCGGUGCGGGACACCAAGAUCACGCACUUCUGCAAGAUCAUCAGCGAGUUCGCCCUGGAGUACCGCACCUCCAGGGAGAGGGUGCUGACGCAGAAACACAAACGAGCCGCACACCGUGAGAGGACCAAGACGCGCGGGAAGCUGAUCACUGAGACGGAGAAGUUCUCCGGUGCCGUCUCACCACAGCCCCAGCCUGAGGAAAGCACGAACCGCAGCUCAAACGAGCCCGAACCCUCCCAGGAGGAGCACGAGAACAUGAAGAACAUGCUGAUUGCCAGCGGGGACCCCGGCGUUCGCCGACGCCGUGCUGCCAGAAGUUUAGGCCAGGUCAACCCACCCAACAUGUCCGUAGGCAAGGAGGACAACCAAAACCCACAGGACGACGCCACGGACGAAAUCAUGGACCGCUUGGUGAAGUCCGUCACGCAAAACCCCACCGAGAGACCGUCCAGUCCAAAAACACGCAAACAUUCACGCCUCAAUAGGAAGUCCUUGCGGAGGACCCUGAAGAGUGGACUGACCUCGGAGAUGGUGCAGGCCCUGGGCUUGAGCAAAGGCAGUGAGCGGGUAUGAGAACAUGGUUCAGGCCCUGGGCGUGAAUAAAGGCAGUGAGCGUGUGUGAGAACAUGGUUCAGGCCCUGGGCUUGUGCAAAGGCAGUGAGCGGAUGUGAGGAGAGGCCCAUCUGCACUGAGAUAAUGAGUGAGUGGCCAGGGAGAAUCCUCUGGAAAACUGUACCACGAGCCCACAGGCAGGAGGGGAACUGUGCGACAAGUGGUUGUGGAACGGGUACUCGCUUCAAGAAGGGCUGCAGACAAACUUUCCAGGUGGACAGCAGAUGAACGACGAAGGCUUUGGUCAAAUAAAUGGUGCUGGAACACAAACAUAAGCAAAAGUGUUUUCUUUGAGUUUCCUCAGACCCACGAUGGAACAGAGGAAGCUGGGUAUCUGAAAAUAUAUUUGAGCAGUGCAUGCUAGAGACAUAUUUUCAGUUGCUAUGUGUAUAGAUGAGUUGAUGUUACAUACUUUUAAGCUACAAUGUCGAAAGUUUUAAUUGAAUAUUUUGUACAGAAGUAAGUAUUUUUGAAUAUAUUGAAUUGAUAAUGUUAUGUUUUAAGCAUUCUGGGUUAACUCAAGUUGACAAAGGACUGUACAGAGGUGUCCCAUCACGGUCCAUGUUGGAUUCUGUUCAGUUUAGGGCUUGAAGAGUUUAGUUCAGUUUUAUAUGGCUUACAUGGUUUUAUAAGAACAAGCUGAAAAAGGCUAUGCCAUUACAUUAACUUGUUAUUUUCACGUUGUCCACAUCAGUUUCAAAGCAAAAGUAUAAUUAAGUAAAUCCGUUCAAGUCACCAUGACCUCGAUCACACAGUGUAUCAUGGAAGCAACAUAACUCUGACAGUGACUUGGGUGCCAUGUGGACUGUUUAAAUUUAAACCUGAGGUCACAAUAGUUAUUCGCCUGUGAAAUGGCAAUGUUUGGUUUGUGUAUUGUGAAGGAAAAAAUGAUACAUCUAUUCUGUGGAUAUUGCUUUUUUGCACUGGGAGUGUUAGGUGUAGUAAUAUUUGUUUGGUAAUACUUACUUGUAUAUCACAUUAUAUGUAUUCCCUUGUUUAAAUUGGUAUUCUUUAUGAGCAGGGUUGUUUUGCUCUGAACACCGUGUUUACAAGAUGAAUAUAUCUGUGUCGGUAUGUUCUGGUGUUCAAAACUCUCUACCACUGUCUUAUGAGGCACAUUAGCAGAAGCAGUGUUUGUCUGUUGAAUGCUAUUUCACCUUGUUUUAAUCCAUGAUAUGCUGAAUUUUUAAAUGUAUGCAUACAAGACCCAUAUGUUUUCAAAUGACUGAUGUAUCAAUAAAAAAUGCAAUGUCUUCCUUUCAAAAUAAAUUUUCAUGGAUUUGAA